CACCACCUCACCAUUCCACUACUACGACCUCAUAUUCAUACCCGCUCUAUCCGGGAAAUAUAUAUGGACAUGGAGCGAUCACUCUCUGCAAGAAAUACUCGGUCAUGAUUAUCAGGACGACGACGUCGUGUCGCGCAGUACCUGGACCCAUCGUUAUCGGCCAGAGGCGAUCUUCGACGCAAAGAUCGUUCGAUCUACUGCCAAGACUCCGGCGCAUUCUCUUUGGUUACGGCAGCGGCAACCUGGCCCAUCCCGCAAGCCAAUCCAUCGUCGGCGAAUGGAAGCCCCUCUGGCCUCGUCAAUCCCUCCCGAUCUACGACGACAGACCGCUUAAGGUUCUGGACAGGCUGUCGGAUGAAGGGAAACGCAAGCUUUUCACGCACCAAUCUGUGGACUCUGUUUGCAAUUACGAAGAGCUAGAAUGGGUCGGAGACGCUGCGCUGGAGUUGUUGGCUCGGAGAAUGAUCUCGCGAAGAUAUCCCAAGCUCAAAUUGGGCGAAAAGUCGAGACUGGCUCAAACGGUAGUCCGUGGAACGGCCCUAUCACGGAUAGCCCUCUCGAUCGGCCUAGCCCAACACAUCCGCUGUCACCCAGAUAAACUAUCCCAACACGUCCUGGAAGACGUCAUGGAAUCCCUCUUGGCAGUCAUGACCGAAGAAUUAGGGGACCAAGAAGCUUAUAUCUGGCUCGAAUCCGUGAUGGGUGAUUUACUGGAGGAAAACAAGCGGAGACUCCAUGGCCCACAACCGGUCUUGGUGAACGUUGACGAGACGGUGAACAUCUUCCACCCCGCUCCGCUCUGGACGUGGAUACAUCGACGGUACAAAAAGAUGACCCGGGAGUGGGCCGAGCUGUUCGUCAUCGUCCGCGGGCGGAUGACGGGAUGGAGGAAAAGGCUGGAUCACCGGAUACGAAAGCGUCGCCAGCUUUGGCAUCGCUUAGGGAUCGUUCCCCGCAUACGCCGAGUUCGGAACUACGUGAAAGGCCGUUGGGGGUCGUAUAGACACCAGUUGAAGUUCCAGAUUCGGCCCCGUGUGUUGGGAACAGCCCGAGGGGUGGCCAACCGGAUGAAGAUCACCCCGGGACUAGCUCGAGCUCGAGCGUACGUCCGAGACCGCUGGAAGACGUAUAGACAUCACUUGAAUGUCCGCGUACGGCCUGGCAUGGUCAGAACCGGAAGGCGGAUCAAACAGAGAUACCGCAUAAUCCAAGCGUACCUGCGAAGCCAUCGAGGCGCGUUGCAUCGCACGAUCCGGGCGCCAGGCGAUGAAAAGGCUGCCCAGGAAGCUGCACCUACGAGCAAUUUGACACUGAGACGACUGCGAAAACGGGCUACACAGAUCAAGAAAGCAAAGCCGGGCACAUCAAAAAAUGCCCGUCUUGUCAAGAUCAAAAAGAUACUAUCGAACCAGGUCGAGGAGCUCAAGCUAAGCGAUGAGCACGUGCCAAAAUCAAGCGAAGUUCAUAAGCCAACCGAGUCAGCAACCGGGAAAGAAUCGACCCAGCUACAGCAGCUGGCUCUACAGAACGUUGUGGAUCCGAAAAGCAUGCUCUUGCAACAUACACAAAAGCGACGGGUCCGGUACAAGACGGUGAAAGUACCCUCGAGUAGAUCGGCAGAGUGGCACGAAUCGGUAGAGGUCGCCGGACUGGGACAAUUUGUUGGUGUCGGAAUCAGGAAGAGAGAGGCGCAGAAGAAUGCGGCGAGGAUGAUGCUACAGUCGCUAUCAGAAAACAAAGCGACUUCAUGACAAUCGUUGUAUCCAUAUGUAGCCUGUUCACGUGCAUUAUAUGAUUAAAGACGACGAGGCUCGUUUGCGGUCUCGGAGAUGAGUCUGUGCGCCAAAACGUCGCAAGGUUAGCACGAUCU